UCCAGGGGGGCUACCACCAUGUCUCGUUUAUUUUAUAUAUGGCAACUACUAAUAACGCCUGCAUGGAAAUAUUAAGGAAUAAUAAGUAGUCGUCCGAAAGAAUGGUUCUCUGUAACUUACAAUUCAUCUCCCUCAAGAACGGAGUUUCGAUCGGCUCAUUUCUCGCCAAGCUCCGUCGAAGCGGCAUUAAGCCCGUUGUACAGGCCCGAAUCAUUCGAUGGAUGAUCCUGCCCACGCAGAUUUCAAUAGGCUACCUCUUGGGCCGAAAUAUCCACUGGGAUCUUCUUCUGAUUCUGGGAGAGACUGAUUCUAUUCCUCAUGAAGCACAGCUAGAUAUAGAUUCAACUUGGAGCGCAUCGAGUGGUGUCUCAUCUAAAGCUAUAUCAAAUUAUGAAGCUGUGAACGCAGAACUACUUCACCCGCCGCCCAGGUCCGUCAAGCCACCAGGAAAACAUACCGUUAAACCAUCAAGGACAUCGCAAAACCUCGAAAUGAGCACCGAGUUAGAAGAAUGGAUUGCGGCGCUACCAACGCCAUUGAAAGAGCAUCCGGUCUCGAUGCUGAACUUACUUGCUUUCAAUCCCGGGAAGAAGGAUCAAUAUAAGCAAUACGGUGCUGAGUUCUCGGCCAAGGUCGGCUCUAAACACGGUGGACGGGUUAAGAUUGUUGGGAGGGUGGUAGGUGGCCAAGCGCAUAGAGAUGGGUGGGAAGAAAUAGCUUUCGUACAUUAUCCGUCUGUUCAACACUUUGCUUCUAUGGCGGGGAGUAAGGACUAUCAGGAUGCCAAUCACAAGUAUCGUCUUGGAGCGCUUAAGGAUACAUUCAUCUGCUGUGUUAUGGAGGUUGAUGACAAUGGCAAUCCCACCAAUAUCCGAUCCAUCAAAGAGAAGCUAUAAGGGUUGUAUAUUAAUUUACCACGAGGUAUCAAAGAGCCUAUAUACCUACCUGCCUACAUAUCGAUGUAAGUACUGUGACAUGAGGCAUAAACCUUCCAUUGAGGAGUGGUUCCUAAAGUUCCCGAGCCUCAGAUACAAGUUCUCUUCCGAAUAUAGAUGUAGAGAUUAGAGUAACCUAACCUACCUACUUGAGUACCCAUACACAUAGGUACCUAAGGUAUGUAUGUAGGUAGGUAGGUAUGACGUUAAUCUCCAAAUAUCACCACUAAGCAAUCGACGCGAUGUCUUAGACCAAACAAUGGUCGGGUUAAUCAGUUGAGGCCGAUGUUGCCACCAACGAAUGGAAGUCCCUACUGGAUAGUUGUAAACACCGAGUGCUAUGGAAUUACGUACUGAUCCCCGGGGUGUUCUGGGGUAUCAACAAAAGAACGAACGCAUUAGCUUUUCUUAUAACUAAUGAGGAAAUCGAUGCGACGAUGUUAAAGCUCACGAGGUAUUCCAGACCAACCCAUCACGCUGUAUUUGUAUACACCAAGAUGGGGAGAAUGGACC